CAGUGUUUGUCAGUGACCCACUGAUGUAGGCCUGCCUGUCUGUGUGAGCUGCUAUAAAAGCUGCCCCCUCUAGCACAGCGCCGUUAUUUCCCCCCUCUGCUUCAGGAAACACUUCACCGAGAGACGCACUUCAGUAUGUCGGUGGUUCUUCGCGCGCAGCUGUUCCUCUUUCUGAUCUCCCUCUCUUCAAGGACGGGGCUAAGUCGCUACAUUGAGGAUAACGAAGCUGCAGAUGGAUUUUAUUCUCUGCUCAGUUUGGACCAGAAAAGAGAAUCAGAGGAUUUUAUUUUUCGCCGACCUCUCAGAUGUUUGGACAUGCUGGCCACGGAUGGUUACUUCACCUUUGUGGCGUCUCGACCACAGCUAGCCUGUGCUACUUUCAUCAUCGCUGAGCCCAGUGAGGUCAUCAGCCUGGAGCUGUCUGACGUCAAUAUCGACUGCAGCGCUGGAGACUUCAUCAAGAUGUUUGAUGGCUGGGUUCUGAAGGGAGAGAAGUUCCCCAGCAGGCAGGACCACCAACUCCCGCUGAAUCAGCGCUACACAGACUACUGCUCCUCCUCCGCAGCACCAGGAGCCACCAGCCGCUCCUCUCAGAACGUCGCCAUGAUCUUCUUCCGCAUUCACAGCCCUGACAGUGGCUUCACUCUUACUGUCAAAAAGCUACACAACCCCUUCCCCUGUAACAUUAUGUCUCAGAGUCCAGAGGGCAGCUUCACCAUGGUGAUGCCACACCAGCGCAGGAACUGCAGCUUCUCCAUCAUCUACCCUGUGGAGAUCCGGCUGACAGAUCUCAGCCUGGGGCAGGCCAUAAGCAAUGAGCUCAGCCCACAGAGGCAGGUGUCGACUGGCUGUUCGGGGUCAGGUGACUAUGUGGAGCUGCUAGGGGGGAAUGGGGUGGACACCUCUAUGAUGUUCCCCAUAGCUGACCUUUGUUUCUCCCUCAGUGGGCUUGCCCAGAUGAAGAUUGGUUGCGAUAACUCGGUGGUGAGGCUGGUGUCCAGUGGGAACUAUAUCAAUCGUGUUUCCUUCCAGUACCGAUUACUUGAACAACGCGAGCUCCCCAAGACCCAAGAGAACGCUCUCGAUAACCUCUGCUCUGUGGAAUGAGAUCACACAGUCAAAGUUAUCCAUCUUGCUGUAAAUACUUGUUUGACUAAGGCUGUCACUACGUAUUGUUGUUUUUGCCAAAUAUUUAAUUUAGUGUCCUAAUCAUGCUCGCUUUGAUCAUAGAAUAUUUAUUUAAAGAAUUAUUUUAUUCAUCUCAAAUUCACGGUGGAUUUAGUUGUUUUUUAGUUGCCUCAAAGAAAUCUGAUACAUUAUAUUUCUUGGCAAGAGCAUUUUUCAAACCUCCCCUCUGUUCUCAGUUUCAGUACGCUUUGGGAAGCUUUACAUCUGUCUUUUCAGUUUAUAUUGCCUUGACAAUUUAAAAAUAAACAUGACUCGUAUGUUAUAGCACAUUUUUUAUGUUCUGCUUUUGUGAAUCAUCUGUUUUUAUGGGCCUACUUUCCAUUUUAUUAUGGAACUGAAUGAUCAUUUGGUGUUUGUUUACCAUUAUGCUUCUGAAGGAGCCAUCCAUUUUACCAACCACAGAUCUGAAAAUGUGGGAAUGUUGUACAUAGUCCAGCACUAAAUACGGUAUGUGAUGUGCAAUACCUGCAAAAACUGUACUUUGUGUUUAGUGCUAAUUAGUAAAUGUUAGCAUGCAAAACUGAGAUGACUAACAUUGCAAACAUAUCUGUUGAACAUGAGCGCAGUCGGUGGAGUAGGCACACAUGAGGUUUAUGCCUCAAUACAGGAGGUCCAGGGUUCAAGUCCUACCUGUAAUGAUUUCCUGCAUGUCUUCCCCCACCCCCUUCAUAGCUGUCCUAUCCAAUAAGACAGAACUGCCCAAAAAAUGAAUCUUAAAUAAAUAUAAGAACCACAUCAAGUACAGCCUCCCAGAACUGCUAGCAUGGCGGUAGACUUUUGCUGCCUUCAAUGGUGUAUGGUUUUAAUAAAUACUAUGUGGUAAAAUUA